AUGUACACUGAUCAUCAGGGCACUGAUGAUCAGUGUUGCCCCAGCAGUACCACCUGUCAGUGCCCAUCAAUGCCAGCUGUCAGUGCUCAUCAAUGCUACCUGCCAGUGCCCAUCAGUGCCACAUAUCAGUGCCCAUCUGAGCUGCCUUUCAGUGUCACCUAUCAGUGCCAGUCAGUGUCGCCUAACAGUGCCGCCUAUCAGUGCCAUAUAUGAGUGCUGCCUUUCAGUGCCCAUCAGUGAUGCCUGUCAAUGCCCAUCAGUGCCACCUACUAGUGCCUCCUCAUCAGUGCCACCUAUAAGUGCUCAUCAGUGCAGCCUAUCAGUGCCCAUCACUGCAGCCUCAUUAGGGCACAUCAAUGAAGGAGAAAAAUCACUUAUUUCCAAAAUGUUAUAA